UGUUGUAUCCUCUACGCUGAUCGUUCUCGUCCUCGUGUGUUGUUUACAUUCACGUCGCCGCGAUCUUUUUCGGCACGUAAUUCGUCGGAUAAUUUUCACAAUUCGUACAGCGUUUUUAUCACUCUUAGCCCUCGAGCGAAGAAUAUCAACCCCGGUCGCUGCCAAACUUGCCUUGGGUUUUUAUUUCUGUCACGGUUGUAAUAAAUUCGUCGGUUUGUGAUAAGAUAACGCGGGAACUUUUCGGGGUUUAAAGUUGGUUCGAGGUUUUCCAUCAAUUUUGCUUUUAUUUUAAUGCCGCUGUAGUUUAUAUUUUGUCAUUGUUGGUAAAUGCGGAUUUGGCUGAUCCCAUUCUUUCAGCGACACCAUCUGAUCGAGACAGUUGACAAGCAUUCUUCGAAGAUAUUACAAAAGCUCGCUCAGAAUUUCCUUAGUUUUUCACUCCCAGUCCCAUCAGCUGCAUUUUUCGCGCACUACCAGUGAACUUUGGAUUUUUCUUCGAUUUGUCAGUGAAUUUUAGAAAAUUCCCAGAAGUGGUUUUGUCGGGAAACUGAAAAUGUGGCGACCACCUUUUGUUAGUGUGUAAGUGCGGUGAUUUUAUUUUCUUCCGGUUGGAUAGUAAUUUCUGUACUAUUUUUCGAGUUAUCGUCACUCGUAAAUGUUUUUCUUGACAGCAAUUAAUUUUCACUGUCCGAACUUCUUGAGUCCAAAGCGAGCUUUAACGGUUUUCGCACGUUUCGGGAAAAUACGGUAGUUUCCCGCAGUGUCUUCUCCUCGGUGAAUUUUCCUGUGAGCGUCAACGGAUUUCCACUUAACGGAAGUUUUCCUCCUUUGUGGUCCGCAAGUGAUUUUUUUCCCCCGCCGAGAUUUAACUUUUGAAGUUCGGUAUUCGAAUCAGAGAAAAUGGAAUCGAGAAAAUUCGCGAACGUUUCGUUGACUCUUGUGACUGUUCUGUUGUAUGGUGUUCGAGCCCUAGCAGUCGCUGUUGCAUAUAAUGGAAAAGGUGUAAAUUCAUAUGAAUCAAAUAUCGUGACGCAAGCGCCAUCAUUUACGACGACAGGACAAACGUUCAGAGUUGUCAUUGGCGACGUUCUUGUCCUUCCAUGUGAAGUUGAAAAUUUAGGCAAUUUGGUUGUACUAUGGAGGCGAGGCAACUCAGUUUUGACGGCGAAAAAUAUUAUGGUGACCCGGGAUUCCAGGUUUCGGCUAGUCGACGGCCUUAACCUGGAAAUUAGUGCUAUAAUGCCCCAAGACGCAGGGGAUUAUGUUUGUCAAAUCAGUGAUAUUGAAAACAAGGUCCAAACGCACACCGUUGAAGUUCUCGUUCCUCCGAGUAUCCGGACGACGCCUCUUAACGGUCAGCUGACUGCCAGAAAAGGUGGAACGAUUACCCUCGAAUGCAAGCCGUCGGGGAACCCUGUGCCCAGUGUUUUUUGGUCGAAAAAGGACAGUGUUUUGCCCUCCGGAGAAAGGUCCGUGGAGGGAUCAACCAUCACCCUUGAGAAGGUAGACAGGCAUCAAGCCGGGAUUUACCAGUGUACAGCCGAGAACGGGAUAGGGAAACCUGCCACCGUGGACAUGACUCUUGAUGUCUUGUAUCCUCCCGAAAUCGAGGUUGAAAAGAGCUGGGUUCAUUCUGGUGAGGGUUACAGAGCAGAGCUUGUGUGUCUCGUUCAUGGAGAACCAGAUCCUACGGUGACAUGGUAUCAAGACAGUUUCCUUGUGGCACCAACCGAAAGGCGUUACGUCGAAACGCGUGGAAAUAAACACAUCCUUACCAUCAAAGAACUCCAACCCUCAGAUUUCGGCAACUACAGCUGUGUCGCAGAUAAUUCUUUAGGCAAAAAUAAAAAAUUCAUGGAACUCUCAGGGAGACCAUCACCCGCCGUAUUCCGAAGCGCGCCUCUAGGAAGGUCUAAGGACAGUUUUAAUUUAACGUGGUUGGUUGAAAGUUACCCUCCUCUCGAAGAAGUUCGAUUACUGUACCGAAAAGUUCUGAUGAACGAAUCCUAUCAACACCCGAGCAAAUGGACGGACGUUAGUCCGCCGUUCGAGAACCGUGAACCAAACACACACCUAAUGUCGUACAACAUCCAGCACUUGGACCCGAGCUCCGUGUACGAGGCUCUGGUCCAAGCCAAAAAUCGCUACGGCUGGAAUGAGGUGUCUGAGAUGUUCCAGUUUUACACCCGCGCAGCUGGUGAGGAUUCUUACGAUUUUACCGAGGACCAAGAAAUGAAUGAAUUAGAAUUAGUUGCCAGUUGGUCAACGCGGAUAGUGCCCUCUUUAGUUCCCCUUUCUAUCAUCCUGUCGAUUCUUCUUUCAACAUGAAAUGGAGAGCGACAAUAGACCUGUAUAAACUCUGUACCACUACGUUAGAGAUAUGUAAAUUACGUCUGAAAGAAAAAUCUGAGAGAUUUUUGUACAAAAAUGUUUCUUUGUUUUUUUUUCUGAACUCUUUUUCUACCGAGUUUUUAAAGUCUUCAUUGUGUACAGCCCCUUCAGUCAUCACCAUUAUUUUGGCCUCCUUUUUUAAAGUCCCCUAGAGUUACGAGAUAUUUUGUAUAAAGAUUCCACGUUUGAAAUUUUCAUCACGAAAAGCACCAUUGCUUAUCCAUCAAUCAUUGUAAAAGAGAAAUUAAACUAUUUUCCCUCUCCUUUGUAUAUAUACUUUUGACCUUGCUAAAAGCAUAGAAGUAUGAAUUGUAUUGUCCUGAAUUCUCAAUAUAUUCCGAAUGCAACUCUCCCGGAAUUUAGAUACAAGAGUGAUAUAUUGUGGUGCUUUACGAAGAUUGAAGUAAAUGAAGCAAAAAUCCACAACAUUAGUCAUUCAUUGGGUCUGAGAGGUGGAACCAACUCGAGUUUUCGGGAAAAAUGAAACAUCGCGGGUAGUAUGACUGAAAAUAUUCGUCCCUUCAGCAAAAAUAUUGAUUGUAUGAUCAUUAAAUUAUUUCAGGGGAUUUCAAGUCUCUACAAUUAUCAGUCAACAUUAUCUAAAUGAAGAACAUUAAGAUUCUGAGAUCCUACCUUGAAAGAUAUGUAAUUAUUUUGGCCUCAGGGUAGUUUUUUGCAUUUUAGCAGCAGCUCUAAAUCUCCGAUAACCUCUCCAAAACCAUCGGUUUAUAACCCCGUACUUUUUUCUCAGAGAAGUUUGAUAAGUCUGAUAAGUUUAUAUGUGUUCUCCUUGAAGUAUUAUUUUGAGUUGUUACAUGCCAUCCAUCAGAUGGACUCAUUUCGACAUAGCCGUUGGUUAAUUAAAAAUUGCUGAGUAUUGCGUCCUUUAUGGUUGUAAGAUUUGAAACUCAAUUUUCGCAUUGACCAGUGAAGUAUGUUAUUCAGUAUUUACUUUUUUCACCUGUAACUCUUUUCGUGAUUCUUCCCUCAUACUUCGCGAUAUUAUGUAGUAUCAGUGGCAAGGCAUGAAUGAUCGAUUAUCGAUAUUUCCCCAUUUAAAGCUAUGGAAAAGAAUCGAUUAUUAAAUUGUUCGUUGCGAGUACCCUGUUUAUCGAUCCUCUUCCAUUGGUUUAAAUGUCAGGACAGUCGAUUUAUCGUUAAGCACGCCCCGUGGUUAAAGAGUCGGUCCCGCGAAUUCAAUCAAAUACUAUUUUUUAAGUUCCUCGUUUUGUUUUACCAGCUGUAGAUGGCUUUUCCUCGCUGAUAUUAGGCACUUGAUGAGUGUAUAGUUGUAAGCUACCUAUUAGAGAAUUAAGUAUGCAUGCGUGGUUUGCAUUUUCCUGUUUUAAAGAUUCUCUAUUUGAAAUUAUGUAUUUUUUCCUGUAAUCUUAGGUUGACAAUUUUGUAUACCCUCUUCCUGGUUAACGUUACGUAUACCACAUUCUUAUUUCACGUUUUGAGAUCGAGUAUAAGUACGCCACGAGGCUUUCGUGCAAGUUUUUACUUUACUCAUUUUUUUUUGUUGACACUAGCGUCUAAUAAUUCUCUGCCAAGAACUUAGCUUUGAGCAACUAACUGCUAUUAUCAACAACUGUCACAAGAUGUUUAAAAUUAAUAAUAUACGUAAAAAUGAAAACAAAAAAAUGAAUGGACCAAGAAUUUAAUUCCUGCGGCCAUAAUUAAUGAAGCUCAAAACUUGUAAGACUCUUUUGUCAUGCUUGAAAUCUGACGUUUACGUUUUAAAGAAUGUUAUGUAAAAAUUUUAGUCCUAAAAUUUCCCGAAUCGAUAUCUCCUUCCCACGGGAAAUUCCCUCAACCAUACUUUUCGCAGGAAAAUUUUUUCUUGCGGUACAGUAAAUUCCAUUGCAAUACCUAGCCUGUAAAAAUUUCAUGUAAAUAUUGUAAGUACUUACUGUAGGAGCAUUUUACAUCUGUGCGUACCUAGUUAAUGGGUGAAUCGACUUCACCCCCUGUACAUAGAAUUUUUUCCUCACAAUCACAAAAGGCAGAUAAGUUAUUCUGUCUUAAAAACUUUUUAAUCUCACCAAUUGUUUUCUGUCCUAUAAAAAUGUUUUCAUCGCAUCAAUGUAUUUUCUUUGGGUUUUCCCGUACCUAUUUUUGGAUUUUGAUUUGUUGCCAAAUUUUGUAAUUAUGAAGUAAAAAUCAUUCCAUCAGCUAA